AUGCCCAGUGUGACUGUCCGGGGGCUGGCUUGGGCUUGUUCCGAGGCGCCCGCCAGUAGCUGCACUUGCCGCGGCUGCUUCUGCAGCAACGCAGGGCGGGGAGGACGAGCUGAGCCUCGGCCUCUGCUCAGAAACCCAGCCGGAGGCAAAGUAGGCUGUUGUGGGGCAAGUGUGGGGGGAAUGAAGGUGAAAGCUGAGGCGGGUGCGUUAAGCAGUGUCACUGACUCGAGUCUGAGGUUACCUGUGCACAGAUGGAAAGGACCAGGUGACUGCGCUGGUCAGCGUACAGGGAAACGCAGAGACAGUCCUUGCAGCGAGGACACCCCUCCCCCUGCCCCCACCCCCAGAUUUCCCUGGCACGGCCUGCAGCUUCACUCUCCUUUUGCACCGCUGUCGGAUCACAAUCGUUCGCAGGAAUUUAACUGCAGCAGCCUUUGCCGAGAAUUUCCACCUCUCCCCCCACCCCCACCCAUGUCCUCAAGGUUCCCAAAGGACAACUAUCCCAGUGGACUGAAAGCGGAUCCCCAAGCAUGGGAUACACGCCGCGGCUCCCUACAUCUGCCCCUAGGGGAGCCCAGCAUCUCUCCCUUCGGGGCUCCAGUUCGGUUCACCGCGUCGAACUCCAGCUUGAUCCUUAGAGGCUAUCCUCGCCCCGCCCCUUUUGGGCCGCUAAGAAAACCCGGCUGGGUGGAUCGCCCCGGGGCCAGGUUCUGCGCUCCCCAAGCCGGGCCGUGCACGCUGGAAGCCCGGGUUGCUGCGCCCGACUGUGAAGUACGGAACGGUAGGAAGCUGCAGCCUGUGAGUGGGCGGGGCCGAGGAGACCUAGGAGGGUUCAAAAGGAGGUGGAGGGAUACACGGGCUACAGUCGGAACUACUUUCAGGAGGCGGUCACGUGUGCUCCUAGUUGGGGAACUUUCCAAAUUCCCAUUCCCCUGUGAUAGCUCGAGAGCCAAGUGCUUCUCUUCCUUCACUCGGGGUGCUCCCGCCUUGUGCGGGCAGCGGGACCCCAGAGCCUCCGGGGUCUUGGCGGAAGAACAGGCUCAGGUGAGCCUCCCGCCGGAGCGCUGUCGGGGCUGGCGCCUGGGGAGCUGGUUACACAAGCACCCACAUCCAAGCACGUGCCCCCGCCUCCCCGCACGCUGGCCGCCGCCGCUGAUUCUUGCAGACCACCGAGCGAGAGUUCCCAAGCUGGUCCCAUACUUAGCCUGCUACCCACAGAAGAAGCUACAAAGCCGAGACAUUCCACUCCUUGCUCUGAGUCGGCUAACACUGCGCGUUCCCAACCGUGGGAGAAGGGGCUGGGCCCGGGGGUCUGGCGCAACUCCCUCGAUAGCGUCCUGCCCCUUAGGGCGAAACUUGGUGGUGCUGUGCUACGCGGGGCAAAAGGGUAUCUCCUGCAGCAGCCCGCGGCUUGAAUUCACCGAUGUUGCAACAAACUUCCAGUCACUACACCUGAGCUGGUGAGCGCGCCCCACCUACUGUAGACUCAGCCAAGUGACUUUUCUGGUCGGAGAACCCAGUCAAUGGCCGUCAGCCCAGAACAAACCUGUCAAGUCUGCUUACAGCCCCGAUUGGUUGACCUAUCCCCGUGAGAGAACUGGUUCAGAAAUGCUGAGAACUGGAGCGCAUUUACCUCGACAUUGAUCAGUUGCAGAGCGAGUUGUCCACUUUCUGCUUGGACAGAAGGGGCAUCAAUCAACACCAAUUUAGGAAUUUCUUCCUUUUCUUUCCUCUGGGAAGAGAACUCCGGGAGACAAUUUAAGUCCAAAAGUAUCUGAGUUGAGACCUAGGCUGAGGCACUGGGUCGUAUUUCAGGUCUGGGAGAAUGGGAAUCAAUUUGCAUGUGUAUUGCAGUAAUUGUGAGUAGGUGCCUAGGAAGGUCUGAAGAGGAUUUCUUCAGUUUAUGAGAAAGAUGAUUGUAUAUGAGCACAUCAUAGUUGCAGGCAGCCCCUGAAGACUAGAAACCCCAAGAGAGCUAGCUUAGAAGCCACAGGCCAUUACCUAACUCCAAGACUACUAAUUAAACCAGGGGUAUUUACAGUGUUCUUAGAGAUCUCUGAGGCUCCGUAAAACUUUGCGUUUAUAUACAACAUCCUUUUAAAAGAGCUCUGCAGGAGUUAGCAACCUGCUGAAUCUUCAGUGUUGAUAUGUACUGGAGGCUGGUUUUGUGCAUGGUCCUGGCCAGCUUGGGGGAGGCAAAGGUCACAAGUGGAAAAGGAAAUAGAGAGCAACCUGGAAAGAGCAGGUGCAAGGCCUCCAUUUGGUUUCCAAAGAUGAAAAUCCUGUCCACACAGGCUAGUGUGAGCUAGAGAUUUCUUUAUUUUACAAAUAACCAAGGAUAAGGAGUCCCUGAUUUCUAGGUGUUCCUCUAGACUGCAUGGUAAGAAUCUGAGCUGUGCGCAGUUGAGAGUCAACUAUUGCUAGGUGGGGAAAGGGAAAAUGAAGAUGAAGUUAAAUGAAAGGAAGUAGAUUGGGGAGGGGUAAAAUGUCCCAGGUUUGUUUCUCAGGUUGCUGAUCUUGUCCCCCAGAAACCAUGUUAUUAGCACUGCCCUACUUUGCCCCUCCUCUGGAGCCUCCGCUAUGUGAGGGUUAGUCUCACAGCAUCUGAGAAGUUCUGAAAUCCACUUCCAGGAAAGAAAAUGGAUUAAUUCCUGCCCUGUUUGUGUUAGGCAUGAGGAUAGAGGAUCCUUUUCAAUUCCCAGGGCACAGUUAUUCUGGAGCAGAGAGGGUGUGCGUCACCAGCACUAAAGUGCUGGAAUACGAGACUGGCCCAUGAACACUUCCAUCUGCUGAAGGAAGAAAAUGGGAAAUGAGUUUUUUGCUACUCUAAACAUUAGGUUCCUCUACUUCUCUCUAGUGUUGAAUGAAAAGCUCACCGAUGUUGGCAGAUAUUUGGCCAGCCUGACACCAAUAUCAGGUGGUUAUUAGGAGUUGCUGAAUAAAAACCUCCUUUCCUUCCCUUCCCAGCAUUAAGUAGGUUCCUAAAGGAAAUAUUGAUGUAUCCUUUUUCAAUUUUUAUUUUCCUUCACUUUUUCCUUCUACUCAAGAGAUCUGCUUACCCAGGUGGUAGAGCUGAAACCUCUACUAUCUAAUGUACAGAAAGUUUUUUAAAAUACUUUUUUCAAAUUCAGUUGCAAAGAUAUUACAAUAGUCAUCCCUCAGUAUCCACGGGGUGACUGGUUCCCGGAACCCUAGUGGAUACCAAAAUCCACAGAUGCUGGAGUCCCUUACUUGGCCUUCUGUAUUGGCAGAUUCUGCAUCCGCAGAUUCAACCAGCCGUGAUUGUAACCAUAGUACAUACACGAUCCACAGUUGGUUAAAUCCGCAGAUGCAAAACCCGUGGAUAUGGAGGGCCAACUGUGCAUUGGUUUCUAAACACUUCAGUUCUUUAGAUGUCCAGAUUUAGAACGUCCUAGGGAGAAACAGAAGCUUGUAACAAAUGGAGAAUUAUAUAAAGCUUCAGGGAGACUGACUAUAUAGAAUAAUUAGUGAACAUGAUAAACCAGCUUUAAUUAUAGUUUCUAACAGCUGAUUCCAAAACUGUAUGGUUACUAUACCCACAUAAUAUCCAAAGAAAAUUCCUUUCUCAUUUUCUUUGAUAAGUGAAAUGACCAGCAACUUGAUGUGGGUGAUAUACUUGAUGGGUCCUUUGUAGGUCCUGCUGCUAAAAUGUCUUUUGUUGAACACUCUGAUUGCUAUAGUGCCUUUCUCAUCUCCCACACACUGACCUUUCAAAUACAGAUCUAAA